CAGGGCAGGGCAGCGCGGGGCCAUGGCAGCGGCCGCGGCGCGGCUGGGGCGCGGGGGCCUUCUGGCGCGGCGGUGGGUUCGUGCCCGGCCGGCCAGGGGCUGCAGCUCGGGGGUGCCCGUGAGGCGGCAGCAGCAGCCGCUGCAGACACCCUGUUCCCCGGCUCAGGAAUUGUCAAGCACAAGGAGAAAAGGUUUCCUGAUGGAACAUGCGGCCCCUUUCUCUGCUUUCCUGACUGACCGCUUUGGACGUCAGCACAACUACUUGCGGAUCUCCCUGACUGAGAAAUGCAACCUCAGAUGUCAGUACUGUAUGCCAGAGGAGGGUGUUCAUCUGACUCCCAAAUCCGAGCUGCUUACUACUCACGAGAUUAUCACCCUUGCCAGACUCUUCGUAAAGGAAGGCGUGGAUAAGAUUCGACUAACUGGUGGAGAACCACUCAUCCGGCCUGAUGUGGUUGAUAUUGUGGCUCAACUGUACAAGAUAGAAGGGAUAAAAACCAUUGCUGUCACAACAAAUGGGAUUAACUUGGCCAGGCUGCUGCCCCGGCUGAAGGAGGCUGGUCUGGAUGCCAUUAACAUCAGCUUGGAUACUCUGGUUCCAGCCAAAUUUGAGUUCAUUGUCCGGAGGAAAGGCUUUCACAAGGUGAUGGAAGGAAUUCACAAAGCCAUUGAACUUGGGUACAAUCCAGUCAAGGUGAACUGCGUAGUGAUGAGAGGUCUCAAUGAAGAUGAGCUGCUGGACUUUGUGGACCUCACAAAGAAUCUGCCCCUAGAUGUACGGUUCAUAGAGUACAUGCCCUUUGACGGCAACAAGUGGAACUUUAAGAAGAUGGUGAGCUAUAAGGAGAUGUUGGACACAAUCAAGCAGAGGUGGCCUGAGUUGGAGAAACUGCCCUGUGAGGCCUCCAGCACAGCAAAGGCUUACAAGGUGCCAGAUUUCCAGGGACAGGUUAGCUUUAUCACCUCCAUGUCAGAGCACUUCUGUGGAACCUGCAAUCGACUGAGGAUAACAGCAGAUGGGAACCUGAAGGUGUGCCUUUUUGGGAACUCGGAAGUGUCUUUGAGAGAUCAUCUGCGGGUAGGCUCCUCGGAGGAUGAAUUGGUUGAGAUCAUUGGAGCAGCAGUGGGCAGAAAAAAGAAACAGCAUGCUGGCAUGUUUAACAUUUCCCAAAUGAAGAACCGACCAAUGAUCCUGAUCGAGAAAGCAUUGAGUCCAUCCCCACUACUCCGAGUUGCCCUGCAGAAUGCCCCCAGUUCAAAGCAAUGGGGCCACAGCAGACAUAGCCACUGGCUGACUCCAGGAGUAAGUUUAUUAAAACAGAUGAAAAAAGUAUUUAAGAAAAAUGUGUUUACAGGACAGCUUGCCUUGCCAGCAUCUCACCCAGAGCAACAGCAGCUUGUGGCAGGAAUUCAGCAAGCUCAGCUGAGAGGCAGUUGCAUUGUCCGAAGGAACUUGAGCUCCAGCUUAAACAUGAAGUGCCUUAGGACAGAAACUCCUUCCAUUAAGCACACUGGCCAAAUUGUUGUGGACUCCAGAGGUGCUGCCAGAAAUCAGUCAGAAGAGAAGGGUCCAGGGUCUGAAGCCAAUACCCGUCAUUCUGGUUUUUGUGCCAGUGUACAAGGUGCCUCUGAUCAUCUGACUCACACUGACCAGGAAGGACGGGCCGCUAUGGUAGAUGUUGGAGGGAAGCUAGAUUCCAAAAGGACUGCAGUGGCCACUGCUGUGGUUCGACUGGGUCAGAAGGCAUUUGGGAUGGUGGUUCAGAACCAGCUGAAGAAAGGAGAUGUGCUAGCAGUAGCCCAAAUUGCAGGGAUUCAGGGAGCCAAGCUGACCAGCCAGCUGAUCCCGUUGUGCCACAACAUCCCACUAAACCUUGUGGAAGUCUCUCUGAGCCUGGAUGAGAGCAGGUAUGCAGUGGUGAUCCAGACACGCUGCUGCACCCAAGGAAAGACGGGUGUGGAAAUGGAAGCCCUGACAGCUGCCAGCCUGGCUUCCCUGACUGUGUAUGAUAUGUGCAAAGCAGUCUCUCAUGGUAUAGUCAUUGAAGAGGUGAAGUUGUUGAGCAAGACAGGAGGGCAGAGGGGAGACUUCCAGCGAGCUUAGUCCAUAGGCAUUGGAUAACACCACUGGGAGGUCUGGCCCUCUGUGCCCGCCUGCACUAGGCUUGGCAAAAAUGCCAGCAGACACCACCUGAAAGACGUGACUUCAUCUCUGUAUUGCCUAAUCAUCUCAGUGACAAGCUGGGAAUUAUGGAACUACUAUCUUUUUGCCUCAAUGAAUUGGUUUUGAGUUUGGUUUUCAGUUGAGAGCUUGACAGCCAGGUUUAAGAGGUUUCCAGGUCAGACCACAACCAGAUUUUGGCACUCCUGCUGAUAUUGCCAGCAGGGGUGCCAAGAAUCCAGUUAGGUUAUGGAGACUGAGCUUUACUCUCACUGCUCUCAAGCAUCAGGGAAGCUUGCAUGCUUCCUGUAAUCAUGCUAUGUGUAUAUUCACAUCUCCAGGGCGCUCACUAUCUUGGCACUUUUCUUCAAUGCUAAAUUCACUUGACAAAUUUAAUAUUAUUAUUGUAAUAAUACCUUGGAUUAAGGGCUAUGACAGAAGAGCGGUCCCUCCUUCUCCCCACAGAGGUUAAACUGAGGAGUAACUUCAGAAAGAGACAAUGGGAGCAGUUCAAGAGACAUGACAACAAGCAAAGAUUUUAAUAAUGUGCAUAGACUUAUCACCCGACAAUACAUACCAGUGAUGGGAUGGGAGCCUAGCUUGCUUGUGACCUGAAAUCAUAGCUGUUUAUUGACUUGUGGGGGGAAAAAAAUGCUGGCAGGCAUCUCAGCCCAGCCCUAAUCUUAAGUGCAUUGUGAAGUAUGAUGCAAAAGAGAGGGAAUUUUUGGCCCUCCCAACACUGAUUUGCACAUCCUGCCCUGUUUCAUUACAGGUCCCAAGCCUUCUCCCUGUCUGGUUUUGAAUUCUCCCUGCAACUGAGUCAUUUCAGAAAGGGUAAUAGGUCUAUUUAUGUCCCUUCAGGGUCUUGAAGGAAAACCAUGUUGAGGGUAUGUCAGGUUUAUUCUGCUAAACAUUUUCAAAGCAACAUUAAGCAUGACCAAAAACAGGUAGCCUUGACACAUGUCUCAAAAGAGCCAUCAGAUUGACUCUGUUUAAACUAGUUGGUGCAUACUGCUGUGUACACAGGCUUAUAGACUAUGGCCUCAAACCUGUUGGUUCUAGUGGGAGUUGCACUCAGAUUGUCAGAUAUUUAAGUGUGCAAGCCCAAGGACCUGAAUAGCUUCCAUGUAAACACUCAAAAACAGAAGUAUAUGCCCUAGCUCAACAUGUGCUGCACAUGAAUAAACUGAGGGGUUUAUUGCUCCCAGGCGCACAUUCAAACCAUGUGCCUGGGAGCAAUUUAUUCAUACGCUGUAAUUGUGCAUGUAAACACGCACUGUGCCUUCCACCAACUGACCAUUCCUUUUGACAAAUGGGGAAGUAAACAUCCUUUUGUUGUUUAACUUUUCAAAGAGAGAAAUCCUGUUAUUUCUCAAAGGAUAAACAGUUAAAGAAGUUUCAAGUAGCCAUUUAAAUUUUUAACAAAAGCACUUACAAUACAACCGUAACAGUUGGUAAUAGUGUCACAACAUUUUACUUUUCUGAAUAGCCCCUAGAUCCUAAAGGUAUGUGAGGAGGUGAGAAUCUGCACCUUUAUAUACAAGUCCCUAGCUCUCCUGGGUCAUGCUGCCAAUUUAACAAGGUAAACACAUUAAGAAUGCUUUAAGAAAAAAUACCUUUUCAAAUAUUUGGAGUUGAUAAUACUGAGUAUUUGAAACUGCCUCUUUUCUAUGAAUUAACAAAAAUAACACUCAAUUUUUUAAUAUAUUAAAACAGAUUUGUUCUGUUUUACCCAUAUGAACAAUAUUUCCUCCUUUACUUAGCUGUCAUGAUUUAAGUUCAGGAUUCUUUCUUCUGCUACAGUUGAUGUUAAGUAGCCACUGCAGACCAAUGGGUUUAGCUCUGUGCUUGCUUAGGGUUGGACAAACAUGCAUUUUAGCCACUUUAACAGGGGAGGGAGAAUUGAUGCUUGGAAGCAUGCAGUAGCUGUUGUUGUAAGUGUUUGGUCUAUGUGCUCCUACAAGGAUGCAAGUAAACUGAAUCCUCUGGAAGCUGGAUCAGUUUUGCUACUCUUACAUUGCUACAGAAUCAUGCAGGUAUAAUAGUUGCAUCAUAACAGAUGUAACAAUUGUACUGAUUAUCAAAGGAUAGCGAUACAAACUGUCUAUAUCAGGGGUUCCCAAAGUUUUUAUGCUGCAGCCUGGCAAACUGUAGCCCAGCAGUUGCAGCUGACCAUGGCCAGAAUUUCUGGCCAGAAGACGGGUAAGAAUACCCCUGUCCUGGGGGCGGGCCAAACCCUGCGCUGCCGUGGGCCACGUGGAAGGAGCUGCAACUUCACCUGGUUCUGGGGGCUGCAGUUUGCAGAUCCGCGGCCACAUCUGGUCCGGCUGCCGACCAUGCUUCAGGCCAGCAGCCGGGCUGCAGCCUAGGGAUUGAGAACCCCUGGUCUAUACCCUUGUAUACUAGUGACAUCCUCUUUCUAGAGAAAGAUGGGUAGGUCCCCUAAACUUCUAUGUAGCCUUUCACCUUCAUAAAACUACUGGGGGGAAGGUGGGGGGGGGGGGAGGGAGGAGAAGCAAUAAUUAUACAAAGUCCAUAAUGGCACCACUGCAAAAAGUUUCUGAUAAACUCUUCAGUAACAAUGAUAACUGGCUACUCCAGUUGCUUCUAACACUUCUACAUUUUAACUUGCUAUCCAGUAUCAAUUUUAAUACAGAAGUAACCUGCAAGGUCUGAUUAAACCAUACUUAGAUUAUGUUAAGUCCCACGGCUUGCACAUGCAUACACAUUCCCACACAUGCACAAGGCAUACUUUGUACAUCUGGUUGGUUUCUUUGAAGACAAGUUGGUGCACACCAGCUGUAUAUAAUGACCACUUGUUUUCCUCAUCAAAGCCACAGGGCAUGAAAAGUGGCAUUUAUGGAAUGGUGCUUCUGGUGCCUACUCUUUUCUUAACAACUGCAAGAAAAUGCCAAUCAGAGCUCUUAAAUAGGCACUGAGAAGUUAAAUCACAACCAAUGAGGAUGCUCAUGAGUAAAAACAGCAGCUUACACGUGUAAUCACCACAGCGGGUACAGUACUGAUUACUUGCAUGACAGAACUUGAAAACACUGAUCCAAGGAGUGGCCCAUGACUACUAUUACUACUUUUAGCACUGGGAAGAGGGGCCUGGAGUAGCAGUAUAGAUGCACUUUGGCCCAAAUCAAGAAUUAUUAGCGUCUUGGAACCAUUAAUGUAACUAAUAAACCUCUCUUGGUAGGGCUAAAUACUGUUUUGUACUGAAGCCACUUUCAAAUCUACCAAGAAGAGAUUCCUAGAGUAGGAUUGGGUAUUUGAUCUGUGAAAUAAAGUUUGGUCAUUUGACUGAUAAAAAAUUGUAAAAAAAAUUUUUUUUAAUAAUUUUUAAAAAUGCCAGUAGAACCAAAUAAUACACAGAAAAAACAAAUUUUCCAUUAAUGUGUCAAAAAACAAAAAAAAUAUUUCUGUCAAGAAAACUACAAAUCUUAUUUUUUAUUUUUAAUUGCUGUAAUCUCUGAUUAGUCAAAAAUAUUUUUAUCAGUCAGUUGACCAGCUUGCCAACCCUACCUUGGAGCACUUGCCUAGCAUAUAAAUAACCCAGAUUCAGACACUUAUUUUUUCUAGUAAAAUCCUCUAAUCACUUAAGUUAUAGGCUAUGGGAAGUCAUUCUCUACUCCACCAGCUGGAGUUGUGUCACUUCUCCUAAAAACACUAAUGAUUCAUGGAGCUAGAGCAGGGGGCCAUGAAUCUCAGACCUAGUGGUUAGGAUACCUACCUGGCAGGGCAAGGCAUCCAUAGGGACACAGGACUCUCCCAUUGCCAGCAUAAAAUGGGUAUGACCCUAGCAUGGUUUGUGCAAGGAAGGGCUUGCCUUAGAGGGCUUGGAGCUCUGAAUCUUAAAUGGAGAGGGUCAGUAGAGAGCAGACACCUAAAAAAUAAAAAACCUGCCCCAGUCAGAGGCUUCAGUCAAAUCUGUGUUGGUAUUUCCUAAUAACUAUGUGAGGCAUGCCCCCGCUCAUUGUAAUGUUUCUGGUUCUAAGUGGUUACUCCUCCCCAUGCAUUGCAUAGUAAUCCUAGACAACUAACUCAGGGCUGCCAAUUAUAUAUAUGGGCCUAGGACCUGAGGGUGAAGUUGCACAUUAUGCUUAGCCCGUACUAAAUCCCUAGGACGUUAAAUGUUAGAACAUGCUAGGAGCAGUCGCACAUUAAAAGUUCAUACUGUUUCUUGCCUGCACGGCUCUGAUUUACUAUUAGAGGGCUGGUAAGUAUGGCCUAAGUGUAAUAUGUAACUUCACCCUAGGUUCUUUUGUGGAUCUGGGCCUUGGAUACUCAUGGCAAGCUUCCAUUCUGAAAUGUAGAAGCCCCUGCAUCUAGCAUUUAGGUGAAUUGGCUCAGCCAAGAAUAGAGAUUUCCUCCUGUGCACCUCUACUCUACUUUGUUCUCCAUAGUCAAGACUCAGUUGACUGACUUUCAAAGGCAUUUCCAUUUAUCUAAGUAUAUCUCUGGAAAACAAAAAAAAGAAAAAAAAAACAAACAGGCUUUUUUCAGCCUGGUUACUUUUAAUCUCAGGGCACUUUUUGACACUGGGGGAAGACUAGUUGUAUUCAUAGAAUUCAGGAUAGACUUUAACUAUCUGACAACUGAGAUGAUGAUGCAUUUGAACACAAUUUUUUUCUGAAAAUAUCUAUUUUUGGAAGCUCAAGUUGGCUGUCCAACUACUAUAUAGUAGCCAGUUGGAGAAAUAGGAAUGUGUACACACAGACUGAAUUUCAAUCAACUUUUUGUCACAGGUUUUAAGACAAGGGAAAGAAGUUCGAUUUUUAAUCUGAACAUUUGGGGUAACAUGACUGUUAAAAAUAUUUUGGUGCCAUACUAUUUUUGUGUUACAUAAUAAAGUCUUGGAACUAUGCACUAUUAUUUUAAUAUGGAGAUAAGAUGUUGAAGUAAAUACACUUCAUCAAUUUUUCUAAGAAGAAAUGAGCAAUAGUAUGCAGUGUGGUACUGUGUUUGUGUUGUGGGGGAGGGAAUAAAAUGGUAUGUUACAAAUUUACGCACAGGUAAACCAGGGCAGCAUUUUAGAGUCUUAUUCUCUCCAUUACAUUUUUAAUAAAUACUAAUUAUAACCAAA